CCUCCUCCUGUCUCAUUCCCAUCAGUCUCUCAUUCUUCUUCUCUACACUAACCUGUACCCAGCCCGCCACGCUGCCCAGUGCCCUCUAACUCUCCAACUCUACCUCCCCAGCCAAGUUAAGGAUAACAAAAAGGGAAACCCAAUUAGUGGUAGAAGUGCCUUAGGUAAUCAGGUAUAAAAAUAUAUAGUUAGUUUCUUUAUUAUUCUUCUUCUUCUCAAAAGCCCUCAGACAUAUGAAACAGAGCAAUAACUCCACCGUGUUCUGCUUAGCCUUUACUGGCAAUGAAGGAAAAAAUUUCCCAUGAAUAUUACUACUCAUAAUAAUCAUCCACAUUUAUUCCGAUCCUGUUUUUCCUCCUUUUUUCUGCUAAAAUCUUGAGAGAUCAAGGAAGAGGGGCUCUUGCCAAUUUCUUGAAGGGACAAGAAAUGGCGAAAAGUGGGGUGCUGGAGGAUGGAGAUGGUGAUCCGGUGGUGGCGGCGGCGGCAAAGGUGAUGGAAUUGAAGAGGGAAUUGCAGAAGAUUGUCAAAGCAAUUGAUGAGGGUGAUGAUGUUAAUUUGGACGCCCUGGAUAAGGCCCACCGGUUGCUUUGUGCUCUCAAGGAGUUGAAGAUUAAGAAGCGAUCCUUGUCUUCCAAGAUUCACGAUUCCUCCUCUCUAACUGUCCCCGACGAGUUUCGCUGCCCGCUUUCGGAAGAACUCAUGAGGGAUCCUGUUAUUGUCGCCACCGGUCAGACUUAUGAUAGACCCUUCAUUCAGAAAUGGUUAAAAGAUGGAAAUAGGACGUGUCCCCGGACUCAACAAGUACUUUCGCAUACUAUUCUUACGCCUAAUCACUUGAUUAGAGAAAUGAUAUCACAAUGGUGCAAGAACAAUGGGAUCCAAUUGCCAGACCCCACACAGUAUUCUGAGGAUGAUGGGCCAACAGAAGCUGAUAGGGACCGUUUCAUUUCUUUGCUUUCAAAGAUGUCUUCUUCAUUAUCUGAUCAAAAGGAAUCAGCUAGGGAUCUGCGGCUGUUGACCAAAAGGAUGCCUUCAUUCCGAGCCCUAUUUGGUGAAUCUGUUGACGCGAUACCUCAAUUGCUAUCUCCCAUAUCUAAAAGCAAGUCUCCAAGUGAUAUUGACCCUGACAUGCAAGAAGACAUAAUCACAACCCUUUUGAAUCUUUCCAUUCAUGACAACAAUAAGAAGCUUGUGGCAGAAACCCCAAUGGUUAUUCCUCUUCUUAUGGAUGCCUUACGAUCGGGAACUAUAGAAACAAGGAGUAAUGCUGCAGCUGCUCUGUUCACAUUGUCAGCCCUCGACUCCAAUAAAGCACUAAUAGGAAAAUCUGGCGCAUUGAAACCCCUGAUUGAUCUUCUAGAUGAAGGUCACAACAUAGCAAUGAAAGAUGUGGCAUCAGCAAUCUUUAAUUUGUGUAUCCUUCAUGAGAAUAAGGCAAGAGCUGUUAGAGAUGGCGCUGUGAAGGUGAUCCUGAAAAAGAUCACAAAUAGAGUGCUGGUGGAUGAGUUAUUGGCCAUCCUUGCCAUGCUCUCAAACAAUCAGAAGGCUGUGGAGGAAAUGGUAGAGUUUGAAGCUGUUCCAUGCUUAUUUAGUAUAAUGAGAGGGACAGCAUGUGCUCGCAACAAGGAGAACUGCAUCGCUAUUCUUUACACUAUUUGUUUCAGCGAUCGGACAAAGUGGAAGGAGAUGAGAGAAGAAGAUAGAACUUAUGGUACAAUCUCUCAGCUUGUUCAAAAUGGUACUUCAAGAGCCAAGAGAAAGGCCAGUGGCAUUCUUGAGAGACUAAAUAGGGCUGUCAAUCUUACCCACACAGCAUGAUGCAGCCACUCCAGCCUUACCCUGCACAAAGCCUGUAAAUUCUACUACAAUCCUUUCUCUCUUCCGUGCUGCUACUAUACUGCUGAAGGCAGCUUGUGGGUUUUUCUCAAAACUAGCGUUAUUGUACAUUCUGUGACGUCACCAAGGUUUUGAUCUUGAGGUUUAUGGAUUUAUUAGUACAGUCUUUGUGAAUGAUUACAACAGGGAGCUUUUGGUAUAAGAUUCUCUCUUUUAUAUUGCUCAAUAAUCAGUGCACAUGGCUUUGUUUAGUAGGCUGCUUCCCUUUGUGCUGCUACUAGUUAAAAAUGUCCAAUCCGCAGCUUUCUGCGCCUCCAAUUUAAA